CUAACUAACCAACCCAUCAGCAGACCGAGUCCGCACAGGGAAACAUGGGACUGCGGAGUCACCGAGGGGGGGGAACUGCUCUCUGAGACCCACCACAGUAACUCUGACCGUCCUGGAAAAGAAACCUCCAUCUUUUCUUCACCUGUUUUUCAGACUUUUUCACUCUCCUGAAGGACCGGAAGAGAGAAGGAGACGUUAAAUGACAUCCGUGUGUUUCUGAUACCUGGGGCAAAUUAAAGUGCCACACCUUCUACCUUGGACGACAGCAACACAACACAUCUGGCCAAAUGGGGUGCCAAUGCUGCCGGAUGGUGAAAAGCUACAUCUACGACCCCUCAACGGCGGUGGAUGUGCGGAAAAGCGACUCUGCAUCCAGCUCCCUCUACCAGGGCCAGCACCACGUGGGCGGUGACCCCGGCCGCAACCCGCAGGGCGACCACACCAAGCAGAAGCAGGGCUUCCACAACCUGGGCUACAGCAAGUCCAACAACAGCACACUGAAACUGGAGCAUGACAACAACCAGGUCAACCACAGGCUUCACUCGGCGCCGUCACUUGCAAAGGAAAUGCACCAGCAGGCGAGCGCGCCUCCCGCAGGUGGCAGGCUGUACAUCAUUGAGCCAGAGGCGGUAGGACGACGAUGGAUGGAUAUCGACGCAACCCAGGUGCCUAUUUACCCCAACGUACAGCAGUACGAAGACCACAGGAGCUACAGCGAGCCGCAGCACGAGGCUAUGACGAACGGGUGGGACAGCUCCAUCACCACCUGCAGCAUGGCAGGCAGGAGCCCGUCGGUGGACGAGAUCGACGAGGGCGUUGGGGGGACGCCGGAGCAUCUUUGGGACACCGGGGACGAGGGCAGCGUCUUGUCCGUGGACAUCCACACCAGCACCACCAGCUUGUCCUCUGGCGGCACGAGGGAUGAGGUCACGCUGCCAAAGACUGCGGACGUUUCCACCGAGGAGAGCGGUUUCUCUGUGACGAAGAGCGAGGAUGAGGAGGAGGAGGUGAGGAAAGACCAGGCGGAGGUGCAGAGCGUCACGGACUCUAUGGUGGCAGAGGCUCUUGCUGCUUUGGAGGCCGCCACCGCCGGGGAGGAUUCCGAUUAAAAAACGAACCCUUAAAGCUACAGUAUGUAACUUUUACAAACAAAAUGUGAUUUUUAAAUAUUUGUGGAAACUGUCACAAUUUCGUGACGAUAUAAUAUGAGGCAGAUAAUCUGUGAAAAGAUCAAGAUCUUCCAAGAAAUGUACUGCUCCCGGUCAAAAACAACCAAUCAGAGCCGGGAGGAAGGUCUUAGCGCUGUCAAUUACUCUUGUGUACUCUCUGCUAAAUGCACUAAUGUUGAAGAAUCUAAUGGUGAAGAAUCAACUUACCACUCCAGGAAAAUUGUUUAUCCGCUGUCAGAGGUGACCAUGCUAACUAGCCUUCACAUUCAUGAGAGCCUCUGUUGUGGUGAACCUGCUGUAGCGUAGCACAGCAAAUGGGGAGGGUGUGAGCAGCGCAUACAUGAGGGUGAUUACAGAAUAUCUGUCUCAUAGUACACUGUCAUAAUAUGGUGACAGCUUUAACAAAUAUAUUAAAAAAAGCUAUAUUUUUUAAAAUAAAAGUUACCUAAUGCUGCUUUAAAGCAACUUGACAGAACUAUCAGAACCGCCAUAAAACUUUGCCAAAGUUCUGAACAAUGGAGUUUUUAUGUACGGACAUAAAACAAAUGAAGGAAAAACUCUGUUUGCUGGAAACAGAUUUAUUUUUGAAGUUGUGGACAAUCUUUCCUGUGACGGAGGGAUAAUAUCUGCCUUGUGAAGGAGGCUUCAUUUUCAAAGCUGCAGCUAAAGAGACUCCAGUGUCUGGACCGAAUACUGCCUGCAGCUGAAUCAUGAUGCGCCUAACACUCCACGCUCCUAAUACGUUGUAGGUACUCCGACACGGACACGACAUCAGCAGGAUAUUUUAAUUAUGAUACAUAACUAUGGUUUUAUUACGGGAGUCCACAUUUCUUUAGUAAACACAGGCCCUGCUUGCAAACUCUUUAGGAAUCCAUCCAUUUAAAGUGCCAGGCAUACUUUGAAACAACCACAAACUCCAGUGUGUUUUAUUGAUAUUUUAUGUGAUCAACCGAGACAAAACAGUUUCUAAUUUUAAAGUGGGAAAAUUUUAUUUUAUUUAAAUUUUUUAUGAAUAUGUGAAUAGUUAGAAAUGCACUUUUAAAGUAAAUUCUUCAUAUAAUCGUCUUUGAUUAUAUAAUUCUCGGUUGGGUUUAGGGUGGGACUUUGACUGGGCCACUAUUAAACAGUUAAUUGAUGUAAAGCACAUUCUUUAAUAUAUUCCCUGGUCGUUUUAAUAGAGUUUAUUUGGAGGUAUGGGAGUAAAAGGGGUGAAUAUAAAUGUAUGCCACACUUUUUAUUCUUUUUAUUUUUGAUAACGGUUUGAACCUUAUUGUUCUGCUUCACUAUCUUCACACACUCUUUGUUGUGGUCUAACAUAAAAUAUCAAUGAAAUACAUAAGUGUUUGGGAUUGCAACGUGACAAAAUGGAACAAAUUUCAAAGGGAAGGAAUGCUUUUAUAAUGCUGUGUAACUAAGAGAGACGGAAAGGUCAUGAAAUCCCUUUUUACAGGUGAUUUAUUGUUAGUGUAACUGUAUUGCGUUUUGGUGUUAUUUAUAAAGUCUUCACCCUUAUCUCACAUAGAAACUGGGAGUAUUUAACGGCCAGAAAAGAGCAGAGUUAGCCUUUAUUCAUAGCUUUUCUUAUUUUAUGUCCUCAUUAAUUUCAGAAUAGCACAACAAAUAUAAAAUCCGGCUGCAAUUAUAAACAGAAAGCAAUGGAAACAUGAUUCAUGCACAUAAUUAAUGUAAAAAAAUGUUUUAUUUUAAGAAAUGUUUUGUUUUUGCCUUCAUUCCCUAGCUUUUACAGCCAAGGUUAACAAGCCAAGCAAAGGUCAAUUAGCCUCAGGGCACACCUCAACCACACAAGCGCCUGCUAACUUCUUGUUUUUUUUUUUUUUUUAGUUUUAAAGGUCAAGCUUUGGAUUUGUUGUCUAGUCUGUGACAUCCGUUCAGUUCAUGUGCCUGAAAACGAGCUAAUUAAGGCUGACUGAUUCCUGAAGAAGUAAUCCGGAUGAAAUGAAGGAGAAUCCCCAUUUUAAUCGUUUGCCUGCCAAAUCAUUUCCCCUCAUUGCAUUUGUACCGUAAAAUAAAAUCAGUGUAAUAAAGGCUUUGUGAAAUAA